AUGGCCCGAGCACAGGAACAAAACCAUCCACUGCUGCGGUUACAUGCUUCAGUGAACACGGCCAGGCUCCUUUGGCUUUUGGCCGCGCUUGCCAACGACCAGCAAGGGCACUUCUACGACUUGACGCACCUUGCCCUUCUUCCGCUGUUGUUGGGAAGGGUUCUGCGCUGGCAUGUGUACGUGACAAAAAGUGCAGUCUGCUCCCUGUCGGCAACCCGACGCCUUGACGUGAAAGAAGCAGGGCUUGCACUCAGCACCAUCCGUGAAGCCGCACCGGGUCGAGCCGCGGCACCGGGUGGCGUCAUUCUUCGCUUGCUGACGCUCACCAGGCAGCGACUCAGCACGACCAUUCGCGUCCUUCCCGAGGUGGCAGGGGCAGGCACCCCCAACUCCCAGGAACGUAACAAACUUGGGAAGCCCCCCAGCUUGACAACGCACGAGAUCACGGAACUAGCUACGCGUGGAACCUCAGAGUGCCGAGACCUCGAGUCGAUCGCGCAAGCGAUUUCAUGA